UUCUGCUUCCGGGUCAGAGGCAUGGCGGUGGCAAAUUCAAGCCCUGUCAAUCCCGUGGUAUUCUUUGAUGUCAGCAUUGGCGGCCAGGAGGUUGGUCGUAUGAAGAUUGAGCUCUUUGCAGACGUUGUGCCUAAGACGGCGGAGAAUUUUAGGCAGUUCUGCACAGGAGAAUUCAGAAAAGAUGGGGUUCCGAUAGGAUACAAGGGGAGCACCUUCCACAGGGUCAUAAAAGAUUUCAUGAUUCAGGGUGGAGAUUUUGUUAAUGGAGAUGGUACUGGAGUUGCCAGUAUCUACCGGGGGCCGUUCGCAGAUGAAAAUUUUAAGCUUCGACACUCAGCUCCAGGCCUUCUUUCCAUGGCAAACAGCGGUCCCAGCACAAAUGGCUGCCAGUUUUUCAUCACCUGCUCUAAGUGUGAUUGGCUAGAUGGGAAGCACGUGGUGUUUGGAAAAAUCAUUGAUGGACUUCUGGUGAUGAGAAAGAUUGAGAAUGUUCCCACAGGCCCCAACAAUAAACCCAAGCUGCCUGUGGUGAUCUCACAGUGUGGGGAGAUGUAGUCCAGAGGGAGACUGAAUCAGUGGUGAUAAUGCCUGUCUCCCAGGGUCACUGUAAGGAUCAAAAGAGAAAGGUUGAGUGGGACACCUCAUUUUUCUAACACUUUAUAGUUUACAAACAAUCAGCCUGAAAACCAUCGGGCACUUUCUGACAGCACUGUUAAGACACUCGCUUCGUUCAGUAGUCCCACUUAGAAAGACCUGGCUGCAGUCCUGGGUGAUUGGGAGCAGCCUGGGCAGCCAGAAGACUCUCUUGUCAAGCUUCUCAUCGGAACUGAUGCUGCCGUCCCAGACCCUGACUUUGUGUUUGCCAGACUCAG